CUCCAAGGUGAUUUUGGCCCUCCGGAAUUUUUCGGAGCUCUCGAGGCAUCGCGGUCCUUCCACUUCCCUUCAUCCGCGACAUGAGCUGCUUCGUUGUGACCCGCUGGAAGGAUGGUGGUAGUGGCAGCCUGAACAUCUGCUUGGAUGCUGCUUGCCCGCACGAUCGAGCACUGAAGCAUUCAUCGGCUGCUUCGGCAAGGUUGGUGUCUCUUCGAUGGCGCAGCAGACAGUCAGAUGUCGGAGCAGGUGGUUGCCUUUCUCAGCGAAGGUCUCAGCUAAGCCCGCUAGGCUCCGUCACACGACGUGUUAGUGCCGACAUGCACCCGGAUUUCCCAUGGAACUCUCUUAAGGGAGAUCGAUCGUCCCCCGAGCCGUUGAUCAAAACCACCCAUAUCAAGGAUAUCUUGGGCACCAUUCUGUCGUCUAUUCCCGCCCGUGACGCACAUUUGGUCGCGAUGUGCGUUUGGUCCUUAGAACAUUCCUCUAACAUGGCGCAAUGGUGCAGCAACUGUCUGGCCCACUCACACACACGUCCUCAAGUUGGAGGGCAGCCUUGAUAUUGCCCCGCAAAAAAUUGAGACUAGUCAACUCGCUGACCGGUGACUUGGCCGAGGUGGUGACCAUAACAGCCCUUUCCAAGCUGAUGGUGGGAAGCCGGGGGCAGCAGGAGCCUAAGUGUGCUUCCUGAGCAUGCACAUAUCUUCAUCAGCAUGGCCGUUCUCAGCUGGCCGCGCAGCUUACACUCUUCAUUUUCUCUCGUCCAGUCUGACAGCUUUAA